AUGAAGUUUGUGUGUUACUACUGCUCUCCUCUUAGGGGUACUUCGGGGCUGACUGCCCUCAGGGGCCACUGUCACUCACCGAAAGCACACACUACUCACUCUUGCUGGCAGCAAAGAUACCCCUCUCGAGUGCUUUUGUUGAAACCGACUCAAUGCUUGUGCUCAGUACUUACUCCACGAUACUGCAUCCACAACAAUAAUGAUGACAGCCUGAUUUGGUUUCGGUUGCACGUUUGCCUAUACGACCUCUCCAUUCUGCUUUCCUACAAAUCAUCUUGGAUAUCGCGACUCGCCAUCCCCUCAAUCGAAAAUCCAUCACGUCAAAGAGUGCACGGAUUUUUCGCAACAGAUGAGGAUGACGACGAAGACGAUAAAAGUGGUCUAGACUUUGCUUACGGAGAUCGAAUUUCAUCGAUUAGCCGCCAACCCAAUCUCUUUCGGCCAUGUAAAUCGGCGAAAGUCACCACUCGCAAAAAUGUGUGCUUCGAUGAGGCCUUUCAGGGGUCCUUGCAGCACUCCGAUGGCGGGUCCCCGAGGCUCUUGUCGACUCCGGCGACUCGCGAUAGAUCGCCUCCAGAGACGUCACGAUUGUCACAGACAGAAUAUGGGCUUUUUGGCCAAGCUGCUAAUGGGUCUUUCCGGUAUGCUAUCUCAACUAUGAGUUUGAGAAGACCUCCACUCGUCAUGGCCUCGGUCAUUCCCCUCUCCCGUGAUCCUCUCAUGCAGUCGGGGAUUCCUAAAGGCUUAAAUGGGACGCAAUCGGGAGGUGUAGGAAGACAGCGCUCUGCGCCGGAGACGCCAGGGGCUCUGCUCAACUCCCUCUUUCGUCACACUACCAACAACACGACAAGAUCGGGUUCGAUUGGCCAGGAUGAAAAUCUCGCCAACACCUCCUUGCCUAUUGCCAAACCUCUGAGCCAUAUUAAACCAGUUGAUUCUGUGGAUCGCUCCUACGCACGCUUUCUAGUUCCACGCAAUUCGUUGCAACAAUCUCAAAAUCCCCACCGUCGUGGUCGUCGACGCGCGGAGACGGUAGGGGGGGAUGAGUUGUCCACCGCAACCGGCAAGUCGGCUCCUACACCAGUAACGAACAGCAGUCGUAGCGUAGCGCCCACUGACUACGGUGCUAGCGACAGUGGAGGCGGCCAAUAUCGGAGUCGGUCGCAAACUCUGUCUCUCUCUAGCAUGGCUUCCCCCAUUUCCAAGCCCGAGAACUCUCCCCUGCAGGACGUUGAGCUGACACCCUACCCGUCGAGUUCGGAGAACAUUGAGUCAAUCCAGCCCGUGGUGUAUGAUGACCCAUUGAUCAACUACAAUCCACUUCUGCUUGAUGAUCCUAUGGCGCCUCGGGUUACCAAUCGGCGUGUAUUUCCUUUCCAAGGAUAUGUGGCCAGUAUUUUGGGCUAUAGGCGAGCGGACGAGCAAAAAAAGUGCCUCAACCGAGAGUUUCAUCAGCGUUUUCCAAAUGUCCAACUGACUUUGACAAAAAUGCGUAGUCUUAAACUCAACCUCCUCUCAAUUGCCUUGAGGAUGAAUUUGGACCUGUGGAUUGUGGCACACGCCUAUGUUCUUUUUGAGAAAAUGAUUUUAAAGCUGUUUGUCUGCAAGUCGAAUCGAAAGCUCUGCGCAGGCGCUGCCUUGCUGAUCGGUGCCAAGUUGAAUGAUCUCAAGGGACCAGCUCUGCCUGCUUUUAUUCAGGAGAUUGAGAGUGAAUUGCGCAUAUCACACCGAGAUCUAUUGAAAAUGGAGAUGGCGGUCUUCAUUGGACUGGAGUUUUGUGUAUUGCCCAGCCCCGCCGAAGCACAACCACACUUUUACCAGAUUCAAAAGUCUCUUGGAGUCGUCGCUGUGCCACGACGUCUAUCGAACCGGUCACACUCCCUCGAGGACGAGCAUUUUUGUUCCUUGAUGGAGUAG